AUGGAUAAGACGCCUCGUGUAUCAUACACUUUAAGAGCCCAUGAAUCUGGGAUCACAUGCUUGAAGUUAAUAGAGCUUCAUUCCAUUCCAGUGCUGCUCUCAGGAGAUUCACAAGGUAACUUGUUUGCAUGGAAUUUUGUUACUAGAAGACCAUUUGCAUACCAUGCGGUGAAGUCUCAGGCUUCUAUCAUUUCUCUUGACUACAAGGGUGGGUAUUUUACUGUUCAAUCGAGGGAUAAUUUAUUGAGAUUUUUCAAGCUUGAUCUUGAUCCAAGUAUUCCAUCAGGUUUAAGGUCUUCGGAGAAAUUAAGUUCCCUAACACCGGUUUAUGAGAUACCCAUUAACACUCUUAAUUUUGCGAACGUAGUGAUACAGCAUAUUGUUAACGAUAAAUUUCGAUUAUGGUGCUGCAACACUAUGCACUCCGAGAAUCUCGAUGUUUACUGUUUUGAUCUUGGUGACAAUAAGUCGCUAAAAAGAGAGUUUAACAGCCUCGAUCCCUUCCCUAUAGUGAAAGAUUUAACUAAGGAUAGCUCGAAGUUUAAAUUUGAGAAGCUGGGUAUUAUUAUGAGAUUAACUGAGCACGAGGGGAUAGUUUAUGUUGGAUAUGAAAGUGGCUUCGUGCUUGGCCUUAAGAUGCUUCCAACAAUAGAUGAUCAGAAAGAAAACUCAGCAGAAAAUUCAAAGAGUCUACAGUUUAUCGACUCAGGGGUAAAUGUUGGUUGUACUUCGCUUAUGGAGCUGAUUUAUAUAUCAGCAAUCCAUUAUCCAAAUCCAGUACUUUCGCUUUAUUAUAGCCAACAGAGAAAUGUUGUAUUGAGUACAUCUACCGAAGAUCAAAUCGGCCUUCAUACCAUCAAAACAUUACCUGAAUUGACGAGUGAGGAUAAAGCAAAAAAAUUCUACAUGUCAAUCGGCAUGAAGCUGGUAGAAAGUGAAGAUAUCGAGAAAUCGAAUGAAAGUAUCGUGCUUCCUACCAGCAAAAUCAGCCACAUCGCCACUACAGAUAAUAGCAUUGUGGUCUCGAACUGGAAAGGCCAGACUCUUGUUAUCAACGAUAGUGUUGUUUCACAGCGGUAUUUCAAGGCAAGAAGUAACGUGCAUGUUGAAGAAUCAUGUCAAGGAUCUUUUGCUGAGAAAAAGGAAGUGGAGUCUCCGAUGAUUAAAGUGAGUGCAAUGACCUGUCUUUGUGGCGGUUUAUCGAACUUGGAUGUCUACAAAUCUGUUGGUGAGCAGAGGCGAGCAGCAAAAGUGUUUGGACAAAAUUGGUGCUUAAUUGGCUAUGAAGAUGGUAGUAUAGUUAUGCAAAAUAUUUAA